ACUAUAAAUUUGUGGAAUCCUCGUUUUUUUCAUGUCCCACUGGAAAGCUCAAAAGCUUACUUUGCACAUUGCUCGCUCGCUCGCUCUCUCUCUCUCUCUCUCUCUCUCCCCUAAUCAGACAUUUCUCAGAUAAAUGGCCGCAAAAGAUUCUCACACAGAGUUCCUCGCGGUCGCAAUCGAUGCAGCGAAGAAAGCUGGAGACGUAAUCCGCAAAGGAUUCUACGUAACCAAGCAUGUGGAGCAUAAGGGCCAGGUUGAUUUGGUUACUGAAACUGAUAAGGCUUGUGAAGAUCUCAUUUUCAAUCAUCUCAAGCAGCAUUUCCCUAACCAUAAGUUCAUCGGAGAAGAAACCACUGCUGCUUAUGGUGUUACAGAGCUGACUGAUGAAGCGACAUGGAUAGUCGAUCCUCUUGAUGGAACAACCAACUUUGUGCAUGGGUUCCCCUUUGUGUGUGUCUCUAUUGGUUUAACAAUUGAAAAGGUCCCUGUUGUCGGGGUGGUCUACAACCCAAUCAUGGAUGAGCUUUUCACCGGCAUUCAUGGAAAAGGUGCUUUUCUUAAUGGAAACCCCAUAAAAGUUUCUUCUCAGUCCGAACUUGUGAAGUCUCUCCUUUGUACUGAGGCUGGAACGAAACGAGAUAAGCCAACUGUGGAUGCCACUACAAACAGAAUUAAUAGUUUGCUUUUCAAGGUCAGAUCCCUCCGGAUGUGUGGAUCUUGUGCAUUGGAUCUCUGUGGCAUUGCAUGCGGAAGGCUUGACCUUUUCUAUGAGCUUGGGUUUGGUGGCCCUUGGGAUGUAGCUGGUGGUGCUGUGAUUGUUAAAGAAGCUGGAGGAGUUAUAUUUGAUCCUUCUGGUAAAGAAUUUGACAUCACAUCUCAGCGAGUAGCAGCAUCAAAUCCACUUCUUAAGGAUGCAUUUGUGGAGGCAUUGAGAGAAUUGGAAUGAAAUAUGGGUGCUGAAAGUGUGACUUGACCAAUGAAACAUGCAAAAGGUAUCCUGACUUCCAAUAUUGGUUUUGCAGAGAUACUGUGAGCCUAGAGAACAACAGGUAAUUCUUAUGAUCAUUGAUCUGCGGCGCUAAGCAGUGCACAUAAUUGUAAUUUCCAGUUAAUCUGGCAUCUUCAUACCUAGUAAUACCAACUGAAUCCAUGGUACUUUGGAACCAUUGCGACUAUGAUUUUACAUGAGGCUCGAUCAAAUUUCAUAUCUGAAUUUUUA